CCUUCCCUUCAACCCUCACAACAACUCCAUCUGCCCAAUAUAUAUUUAUAAUAUCCAUAGCUGACCUGACAGUUAUAUAUAUCUUAGCUAACUCUGUCCUUUAUCCUUAACGACAUUUCAACUUCCUCUUGAAAUAUAAAAGACCUUUGCCUUAAUUAUUACAUCUGUCGCUAAAUUAUGACUCGACCACCUAGAUUUCUGCUAACCACCACCAACUCAUCCUCCACUUCACCGCCGCCGCCAACUCCUGCUGCGGUGGAAGGGGAGGCUGAGCCACCGUAUUCUGUGACAGCGGAAUCCGACUUUGUCGUCAUCUUAGCCGCUUUACUCUGUGCAGUAAUCUGUGUCUCAGGUCUCAUUGUAGUAGCUCGUUGCACUUGGCUCCGGCGAGACGCGCCGGAAAAUAUGCCGCCGGCGAACAAAGGCUUGAAGAAGAAAGUUUUAAAGUCUUUGCCGAAGUACAAGUACGAUCCUUCUUUCACCGGUACGGCGAACGGUGCGCCGCCGGUCACGGCGGAGUGCGCGAUUUGUCUGGUCGAGUACGUUCAGGGAGAUGAAAUACGCGUGCUGCCGCAUUGCGGACACGUGUUCCACCUCCAGUGUGUGGACACGUGGCUUGCGUCGCACGCGUCGUGUCCUUCCUGCCGGCAGAUCCUCGUCGGUACUCGUUCUCGGUGCCGGAAGUGCGGCGAACUUCCUCCAUUUUCCGGAGACUCCAACAGUGGUUCAAUUCUACCACCGGCCGAAUCUCGCUCUUGUGAUAUAUCUUCCAGUACAAGCGAAGUAACCUUUGGCUGUAAGAAAACGGAAAAGUAACGGAGUUAACACGUAAAGUGUUACCGACCAUUAUCGUAACUGUAAAACGGUAACGGACUUUUGUCCGAUGUUGGAAAAGGGGCCCACAUGAGCUCGAGGAGAAUUGGAUAAGGUUGAAGAUAUUCCGGUUCUGAUUGUAAAUGAUAGUGUAGAAGGUGACAAAAAUGGAAUAAUUGACCCGAAGAAAGCUGCAGGAGUACUUUUUUUUUUUUUUAAUUUUCGGCUAAAUCUGAAAUUUAUUGGUCCGAUUAGUUUGUGAUUUAUGUGAAAUAUCGACAUUAAAGGUGAAAUUGUUCCUAUUAGUCCGAAUUUAUGUGAAAUGUCUGACACUAGAAAAGGGGAAAACUCUUGCCAGGAAGUAUUUUUUUAUUAAUAGAGGUUAAAUUCGAAAUC